UGCCUCAAACAGCUGUUAGUUGCCGCGGAGAGACACUGUGCAGGAGGGCUGUUCUGAAGGAUACACGAGCGGGACAAAAUGGGAGUGGAGAUCGAGACCAUAACCCCCGGCGAUGGAAGGACUUUUCCCAAAAAAGGACAGACAUGCGUGGUGCAUUAUGUUGGCUCUCUGACAGAUGGACGGAAGUUUGACUCUUCCCGUGACCGUGACAAGCCAUUUAAAUUCAAGAUCGGUAAACAGGAAGUGAUCCGUGGCUGGGAGGAAGGUAUUGUGCAGAUGAGUGUGGGCCAACGUGCAAAGCUGACCUGUUCGCCUGACUAUGCCUAUGGUAAUAAAGGCCAUCCUGGGAUUAUUCCUCCAAAUGCAACCCUUAUCUUCGAUGUGGAGCUUCUCAGUUUGGAGUAAUUUAAUAUUCUUCACUGACUUUUGUUAAUUUUGUAUUAUUUUAUCAAUGUUUCAAGUGUCAAAAUGUUAAGUCCUAUAAUAAAGAACUGACCGCAGUAUUGGGACACUAGAACUAAAUCAGUUUUCUCUUUCUGUCAGGCCAUAUUUUCAGUCAUUCUUUUCAGAACUAGCCUUAUUCAGCAUUAGCAUCCAUACAGUUUUCCUCCUAUUUUAGACAUUUAAAGAGAAGCCAGAAAGAUAUGUACUGGAUUUGUAUAGGAGUCCUCCCAUAUCCUAUUUCUUUUUCUCAAGCCUCUUUUCAUUACAAUUUUGUACUUUUCCUUUGUCGAUGAUAGGAUAACACCAAAAUCCUUGCAAUGUCCUAAAUCUUAAAGGAAUUGUGCACGCAAAAAUGAUAAUUCUCUCAUUAUUUACUCACAUUCAAGUUGUCAAAGUCAUAUGACUUACUUUCUUCUGCAGAACAUGAACACAGAUAUUUUGAAGUAUGUACGAUGAGUUUUUGUCCAUACAAUGUUUCAGCAUAAAAGUAAUCAGUAAGACUCAAGUGAAUUAAUCCAUAUCUUCUGAAGCGAUUUGAUACCUUUGGAUGAAAGACAAAGCAAAAAUUCAGUCCUUAUUCACCAAAACUCUUCAGUCUUCACUGCAGCCCAUCUCCUGUGCACAUUAGAAAACAAGUCAUAUGAGGUUGAUAUGGUGUGAGGAUGAGUAAAUGAUGAGAAUUUUCAUAUUUGGGUGAACUAUUCCUUCAAACUUGAACCUUUGAAUGAACCCUUAAUAUUUUUAUUCUUUUGGGACUUAGCUAUUAUAGUUAUAAAUUACAACAUAAGUUACGACUCAGUUAUAGUAUUUUCUCACACUGUGAUUUGUGGUGGCUUGAGACCAAGUAGUAAUGUGACAGAAAUUAAUUUGACAGAAAUGAAUGUUAACACAUUUAUUUCAGAAUCCUAUUUUGUAAAAACAAACUAAAAUGUAUUUAUUUUAAAGAUGUUAUGUUUGGGGAUAUACAAAUUGCAAUAUUUGUUGCAUUUAAUAAAGCAGUAACAUUUUAAAUGAGUUAUCAUACUAGAUUGGAAUAAGUACGUCAUUUUCACCCAGAUUUGAAUUGUUAGGUUUAAACAGAAAGACAAUGGUUCACUGGUUUUGAUUAGUAUAAUGAAGCAAUACUUGUGCCUCCUUGUGUGUUUGACACCUGCCGGAGUAACACUGGUUUUGUACUUUUAAGAAGUGUGCAUAUUAACUGAGAAAGUGCUGUAAAUCAACUGAAAUUAUGAUAGUCCAGGCUCAUAUAAAGUGAUAACAUACUGUAUAAAGUGAAAGUACUGAAAUCCGAAGUCUAUCAUUUUGGUGUUUUUUUGUUUUUGUUUUUUUUUUGCAGUAUUUUAUCCAAAACUAUUUGGAAGUGUUUUUACACAUUUGACACAUCAGCAAUGCAUGCGUGGCAUUAUUAGUGCUUGUAAGGAUUUUGUGAUCAUGUUUUCACCUGACAGACUGAAAGACAAAAAGGGGUUGUGGUAGCAUUCUUAGUAAAGUGUUACCUACACUUCCAUAUUUUCAAAACACUAAUUGCCAUUGUAGACUGCUGCCAAGACAACUGAUGUGAUUAUAUUGGAUGCAGAGACAGUGGCAAUACUGUUUUUAUGGGCAUGAAAAUUAAGUUUUAAUUUAAAGGAAAUCUGCAGACAUAAAUACUUGAGUCUAUGUGGACUAUUUCUGUGAUCACAGGUCAAGCAUCUAAUCUAUGGCUUUAAUAUUUCUUUACUGCCCUGUAUAUGUAUAUACUGACAUACAGAGGCAAAAUCAAUGAACAUACAAAUUUGUUGUCGCAAUAAAGUGCUUUUUACAUGCUUUGGGAAAUGCUGCUUGCUUUGAUUUCUUUUUAUCAUGCUAAAUAAGUACCUCCACUGUUGUUCUUUAUGACUGUUUUUGUUUACCAAUAAUAAUUUUUGUGUCCACCCACAAUGCGCUAUAAUAAAGUAUAUGAAAGUUUAAAGGGAUAGUUCACCCAAAUAUAAAAUUAUCUCAUCAUUUACUCACCCUCAUGCCAUCCCAGAUCUGUAUGACUUUCCUUCUUCAGUAAAACACUUUUAGUAGAAGACCUUUAGGAGAGCUUUGAAGCUCCAAAAAGCAAUUUCCAAAUUCCUGAAGGUACCACGUUCAUCUGUACAAACAAUAGUAUGCAAGUAUAAACACCAUGGGAGCACGCAGCCAUCAUACCACUCAGGAAGGAGACGCAUUCUGUCUCCUAGAGAUGAAUGUAGUUUGGUGCAAAAAGUGCAAAUCAUUCCCAGAACAACAGCAAAGGACCUUGUGAAGAUGCUGUAGGAAACAGGUAGAGAAGUAUCUAUAUCCACAGUAAAAUGAGUCCUAUAUCGACAUAACCUGAAAGGCUGCUCAGCAAGGAGGAAGCCACUGCUCCAAAACCACCAUAAAAAAGCCAGACUACAGUUUGCAAGUGCACAUGGGUACAAAGAUCUUACUUUUUGGAGAAAUGUCCUCUGAUCUGAUGAAAGAAAAAACUGGACUGUUUGGCCGUAAUGACCAUCAUUAUGUUUAGAGAAAAAAGGUGAGGCUUGCAAGUCAAAGAACACUAUCCCAACCGUGAAGCAUGGGGGUGGCAGCAUCAUGUUGUGUGGGUGCUUUGCUGCAGGAGGGACUGGUACACUUCACAAAAUAGAUGGCAUCAUGAGGAAGGAAAAUUAUGGGGAUAUAUUGAAGCAACAUCUCAAGACAUCAGCCAGGAAGUUAAAGCUCGGUCGCAAAUGGAUCUUCCAAAUGGACAAUGACCCCAAGCAUACCUCCAAAGUUGUGGCAAAAGGGCUUAAGGACAACAAAGUCAAGGUAUUGGAGUGGUCAUCACAAAGAACCUGACCUCAAUCCGAUAGGAAAUUUGUGGGCAGAACUGAAAAAGUGUGUGCGAGCAAGGAGGCCUACAAACCUGACUAAGUUACACCAGUUCUGUCUGGAGGAAUGGGCCAAAAUUCCUGCAACUUAUUGUGAGAAGCUUGUGGAAGGCUACUCAAAACGUUUGACCCAAGUUAAACAAUUUAAAAGCAAUGCUACCAAACACUAACAAAGUGUAUGUAAACUUCUGACCCACUGAAGAAAAGAAAAAUAAAUAAAAGAAAAGCUGAAAUAAAUAAUUCUCUCUACUAUUAUUCUGACAUUUCACAUUCUUAAAGUAGUGAACCUAACUGACCUGAGACAGGGAAUUUUUUUCUACGAUUAAAUUACAGAAAUUGUGAAAAACUGAGUUUGAAUGUAUUUGACUAAGGUGUAUGUAAACUUCUGACUUCAACUGUAUUUAUAACGAAUAUGUGUUUCAGUAAUAAAACCUCUUUUUUCGUA